GCUUCGUCGAUCUUGGCAGGGUUUCGAGGACCCUGCUGUGUUCCGCGAUGCGCUACGGGUUCUGCAGGAUGUCGAUGGCUGCGACGACGGCCUCGAGCUCGACGGUUUCAGCGGAGGGAGCGGCAAGGGCGGCGGCUUCAACGACGGGCACCCCUUGCCUGAACGGCCAGAUGCGAAGAAGCUUCCGGACUGGAGAAGGGACGCUCAGGAGGCCCAGGGCAGGGGCUUGCUGAAGGUUGACGACGUGGACAAGUGCAGCCGCAACCGGUUUCACAGGGUCCCCACGGCCCUGAACCAAUAGAAACCCGACCUAGACUAGAUUUUGGUGGAAUUUUUC